AUUCAUAGUUAGCAUAUUAACUUAUUUUGAGAAACCAUGAAUAAAUCAACCACAAAUUCAAAUAACAAUGAGUUCCAUCUGGGCAUAAAACAAUCAUGAUACAUUACAUUAAUAUUCAUCCAUUGUGAAUCAAAUUAUAAAAAAGUAUCAGUUGAUGUUUUUCACAAGUCGAGCAGUUCCAAAAUACCACCCUUAAGAUGAUCAUGUAUUACUGGAGUUGCCUGUUUGUUAUAGCAGCUACUGCACUGAUAAGCUUGGAAGCCUGUGAAGUACCUCAGGGUAAAAGCAUUGGAGUAGGACGUAAAUGGGUAUCGAAAAACAAAUGUGUAAGCUGUAAAUGUACAACUAAAGGCUUGAGUUGCAAACGUGGCAAAAAGACCAAUUGCCGAUCAGGUUGUCUCGAGGGCCCAAUAAUCCAUGAUGUUGGAUCCAUAAUUCAACAAAAUGAAACACAUAGCUGCGAAUGUAUGGCAGGAGUUUACAUAGAUCAUAUUGUAUGCAAUGAAAAAAGCUCACAUGGUUGGAUCAAAUGGGGACCUUGGAGUGAAUGUGCUAAUUGUGAAACACAUCCUUCUAACCGCAAGGUGCGUCAUCGCAUAUGUGUUGAUACACUUGGAAAGGAGGUAGAUGCUGCUCUGUGUGAAGGAGAUGCAAGAGAAAUAGAGCAAUGUUGUGGUGAUAAAGAAGAAGAAUUCCCUUGGGUGGUUUCCAUAUCUAACAACAACAGACAUUUUUGUGGAGGAGUUAUCAUCUCAGAUGUUUGGAUCCUCACAACAGCUCACUGUUUGUGUGAAUGGAAGUACAACUGCUGUACAAAGCAAAAACAAUUUAACAUAUCGAACUGCCCCCUUAUGACAGACUGGCGUGUAACUGCUGGUGUGCUCAAACUGUCUUCCAACAAAGGUCAAAUCAAGCAAAUAAGUGAAGUCAUUAUACAUGAAGACAAUGCUCCAUUUGAUUCUGCCAACCCGAAACAAUCUGGUCCUGAUAUUGCAUUGCUAAAACUAGACAGUCCCCUACAACUGAACACGCCUGAUGUGCAACCAGUUCAGUUACCAACCAGUCUAUGUAAAGGAAAAACUGAUGCUGAAUGUCAAGCCCACAUUGGAAAAGAAAUGAAUUUCUGGUCCUGUCAGACGGCAGGGUGGGGCAUCAAAGAUGUCAAAAAACUAUCAUCAGGGAAGUUGAAAUGGUCAGAGGUAAUUGCAGAAGAAAGUGAUGAAACCUUUAUAACAACACUACCCUCUGGAGGAUUUAGCACCACAUGUCAAGGUGAUGGUGGGGCACCAUUAAUGUGUCAACCUGACAAUGGGCCACCUGUUACUGUAGGUAUUUUAAGUCACAUUUUCCCAGACAAUCCUUGUGGCGUAUCUCGUGAUACUAGGACAUAUCAUACAUCCAUACCAAGUCAACUGAAUUGGAUUCUCAAACACAUAACUGAAUGGAGGUAUGGUAGUUCCAGUGAUUGUGAUUGUGACAGAAAUGAGCAACAGAGGAGUGUUUUCCUGCAAUCCAAGUCCUGUGUUUUCCCAGAGAAUGGAAUAACCGCAAAGGCUGUAGAGGAAAUGUAUCAGCGAUUUAAGGAUGAUUGUUACAUUCUCCAGAAGAAAUCAUGUAUCUGCUAUGAAAACCUAAAUUCUAAACAGUGCGAGGAUAACCAAGGCAUCUGUGGUGAACAUGGACGAUGUAUUGACUAUGUCUUUUUCCUCAUCUGUCAGUGUGAUCCAUAUUACUCGGGAGAACUUUGUGAUAUGAAAAAUGAAGUAAGCUGCCCGAUGUAUUGUGGUGAAUAUUUGCUGGGUAAUAGAACAGUAGAAUGCCUGAUACAUGAAGGACAUCAAACAUGUGAGUGUCCCAGUGAAAGAGUGUAUGAUCUACUAUGUAUACCAGUAGAGGGAUCGCAUUCUAUGUAUACUGGUGGUUCUAAAAAGUAAACGACUUCAACAAGAGAAAUAGUCAUGAAGAAAGAACAGAGAUGCUUAACUGACAUGUCAUGCUCUACAUAGAGUCUAAAACUCUUGAAAAUGGUAGUCUGAUAUGAAUAAAAUAAAGAAAUCU